ACACGUUUAUAAAUUAAGCCACACUCUACCUUCACACUGCAUUCUGCAAGAGCUAAACCAUUCAUUUUUGCAUUUUGCCAAACAGAUAAAAUCGUUAUCCCAGUUCAGGAAUAAGAUGCAAUCAUUAAGGCUUCAUUUUCCCGCUCCCAAACAGACAAAAUCACUAUCCCAGUUCAGGAUUAAGACGCUAUCAUUGGUGCUUCCACACACUAACUAUUCUCAUUAUAAUCCUUAUCCCCGUUCCCAAACACACUUAUUGCCUUCUUAUCCAGUAACCGUUACUAAACGCAGCAGCACCAUGACUGUUAUAGCAAACAUGGCGGUUCAAGGUGACGCGGACGGCGGGACCUCCGUCGCCGAGGAGGAGCCGAUGCCGCCGGAGCUGCGGUUGGAGCUGAUGCCGAAGCAUGUGGCGGUGAUAAUGGACGGGAACGGGAGGUGGGCGAAGAUGAGGGGGCUGCCACCGUGGGAGGGACACGAAGCCGGCGUGCGGUCGCUGAAGAGGCUGGUGAGGCUGUGCCGGAGCUGGGGGGUGAAGGUUCUGACGGUGUUCGCUUUCUCAACUGAUAAUUGGGUUCGCCCCAAGGUGGAGGUUGAUUUCUUGAUGAGGCUGUUUGAGAGAACUAUAAAUUCUGAAGUUGAAGCAUUUAUGAGGGCAGGAAUUCGAAUAUCUGUAAUUGGAGAUUCAUCAAAGCUCCCCAAGUCCCUGAAGAGAAUGAUAACUAGUGCAGAGGAAAGCACCAAGGACAAUUCCGAACUCCAACUUAUUGUGGCGGUUAGCUACAGUGGCAAAUAUGAUGUUGUCCAAGCAUGUAGAAGUGUGGCCAAAAGAGUCAAAGAUGGCCAUGUUGAUUUGGAAGACAUAGAUGAAAACAUGAUUGAACAGGAACUGGAAACAAAUUGCACUGAGUUUCCUAAUCCUGAUCUACUAAUAAGGACUAGUGGGGAACUUAGAGUUAGCAACUUCUUGUUGUGGCAAUUAGCAUACACAGAACUAUUCUUUAAUCGAGAACUUUGGCCUGAUUUUGGGAAAGAGGAGUUUGUAGAGGCCUUAAAUUCAUUUCAGCAGAGACAAAGACGCUAUGGUGGACGCCAUUCAUAAACUAUUUGUCUGCAAUAUGGUACCUUAUAGGUUGGACUUAUAAUAAGCUACAUAAGUAAAGUAAUUAUUGUCUGCCAUAUGGCAUAUGUUAUAGCUAGGCGCCUAAGAAAAAUUAGUGUUUUUUACCCGUUCGUUGCACGGUGAA